AUCAAAAUUGAUGAGCACAAAUUAAGAAUGGUAAACCGUUUAAGCACAGGCAAGAGCUGGUACAAGCCUUUCCAGUACAAAGAAGAUGUAGACAAGCCCGGCGAUGUUCGAAACAUUUUGUUAGUAGUAGCAACCCUCAUAGCUUCCGUUACCUUCCAAGCUGGUGUCAACCCUCCUGGCGGAGUAUGGCAAGAAGGAGAUCAUGCAGGCAGAGCCAUUUAUGCAUCCAACUCAGCAGCCUACUAUGUUUUCUUGAUUUCCAACACCCUCGCUCUCGCCACUUCCAUACUUGUCAUCAUCCCGCUCACCUACAAAUUCCCUUGCCACCUCGAAAUUGUUAUUGCCACCAUUUCCAUGACCGUCACUUACGGCUCCGCAGUUUUCGCGGUUACUCCCCAUGAAAUACGGUUUCGGUACGCCAUAGCCGCUUUUGCUGUGCCUUUCAUACUGCGGUGUUUGAUUCAGCUCUUUAAGGUCCUCGUCUUUAAAAAUGACCACAAGUCUGAUCCAGAGAAUGGCAAUAAUGAGUAAUCAUGUAUUUCAGUUUCAGUUUGGUACCUCAAGUUGUAGUCUAUAUAGUUUAACGUAAGAAAAAUGUUGUGUCUUGUUAUAGCACUCAAGACAGAGAAAGUCUUACCCUAGGUGCUCUAUAUAUAUAUACACGUAUGUAUGUAUGUAUGAACUAUGAACCAAACUCAAAUUUAGGUUUGAUACAUAAACUAGUAUUAAUUUCAUUGAAA